GUAAUACCUACUUGUAUAAACUUUCGUAAACUACGAAUUGUCAUGAUCCACCCAUUACGCGAUAACUGUCAUUUAUGUUACGAUCGAUUUCGCCUUAGAUAUUUUCCGCGACAUUUUUCGCAGUUCCUCCGGAAUACGAUGAAACAAACCAUUUGAUCGGAUGAAUCGUAUUGCAAAAAAAAAAAAAAAACAUCUGUUCUAACAUAAAUCGUGCGAUUUUUUUUAAAUAAAUUCAUUCGAGAUAUAUACACAUACACACACACACAUAUAUAUCGAGAAAAUGAGUGAGUUCCGUAACGAGGAAUACGAUCAAUUGAUUAAACCAAUAAUGAUAACUGGAAAAAUCAUUUCUAUAUGGCCGUUGGCAGAGAAUAGCAGUUGGAUAGAGAUUACGUUUAGAAGAUUUCACUUGUUCUGCAUGUUUUUCCUAGUGAUCGUGAUGUCUGUCGCGGUAACAGCCGACGUGAUUCACAAUAUAGACGAUCUGGACGAAGCGACCGAAUGCGCGUUAAUUUGCACAGCUUUUUAUCUUUGCGUGGUUCGCUUGCUCGUGUAUUCGUUCCACCAGAAGGACAUGCUCUACGUGGUGAACACGAUGAGACAGGAUUGGAUCUCAUCCUCGGACCAGGAUCGGCUCAUUUUCGCCGAGAAAACGAUGUUCGCUUUCCGCCUCGCGAAAUAUUUUAUCACCACCGUCGCAAUAACCAUCGUGAUGUUCAUGUCCGUCCCAGUUUUGGAGAUUUACGUGAUCGGCAAUAGCGACAAAGUGCUCCCAUUUCGAGGAUAUUUCUUCAUCAAUCAAACCGUGUCACCGGUUUUCGAAUUUCUAUAUCUGUUCAACGUAACAGCGGGCGGAUUUGGCGGAAGUAUGAUCGCAGGCGCAACCAGUUUCAAUUUAGUGGUGAUAAUACACGGCUCGGGCAAAUUUGCCGUCCUCAGGAGAAGGAUGGAGGCUUUGAACGGGGCCGAUCCUAACUCCACCUCGAUCAUGGGGGAUCACGUGAUUCGUCACCAGCAAGCGAUCAAGUUCGCGGACACUUUGGAAAGGAUCAUAAACGUGCUCGCUUUGGGACAAUUCGUCAUAAGCACGGGAUUGAUUUGCUUCGCCGGAUUUCAGAUCACCUCGAUGAUGGAGAACAAGGGUCGGCUGAUGAAAUAUUCCACCUUUCUCAACUCCGCCAUUCUCGAGCUGUUCAUGUUCAGCUUCAGCGGGAACGGGUUGAUCGACGAGAGCGAAGGGAUAGGCGAAUCGGCAUACAACAGCGGAUGGAUCGGCAGCCGUUUCCGUAAAAGCGUCCAGAUCAUGAUGAUGCGUUCCAAAAUUCCUAGCAAGAUAACAGCGGCGAAAUUCUACAGCAUGUCCUUGGAGAGUUUCUCAGCGGUUCUAAGCACGUCGUUUUCGUACUUCACGGUGCUCACAGCCACCAAAAACGAUUAGGAACACGAAUGGUUCUAUACGUUUUAUACGAUUCGGAUAGACGGCGUCUCUCGAUGACUCAACCUGCAACGGAGAAUAUAUGUACUUUAGUUAGAUCCACUAGCCUAAAAAUAUCGUGUAAAACAAAAUGUCGUAUGUGAACGUUGUAGCGUGUAGUCCACCACGUUUGUUGCUUAAGAUCGAUAGAUUUUUUUUUUU